UUACCAGUACGGUUCUUCUUCUCUCUUCAAACCCAGGAUCUAUGAGAAUUCAGAAGCCCAAAGCCUCUUCUUCAAGCACUUAAUUCAAUCAAUUCCGGAAAAAAGAAACACAACAGAAUUUUCUUGAGGAGGGUAAAGAGUCUAGAGCUUCAUAGUAACGGUGUGGAUGUGGAAAUGUUGGUUGAUGAUGGCACCAGAAGAUUACAAACUUCUGGAUGUGGGGACACAAGUCUAUGCGAAGUUGAGCAAGGCCAAGAACCAUAUGAAGAUAUGGUGUUUGAAUCUGAAGGAGCUGCAAGGGCAUAUUAUGAUGAGUAUGCUUUACGGACAGGAUUUGUUACUCGUGUAUUGUCAUCACGUAAGUCUGAGAGAGAUGGAUCAAUAAUAUCCCGUGGACUUGGAUGCAGAGGAAUAUACAGUCACAAUUCAGCAAAGGUUUCCAGUCAAAAACGGGAUAGACGAAGGGAAGCUUGUACAGCAAUGAUGCUGAUUAAGAGAGAAAAGCCUGGUAGAUGGGUAGUUAGAAAAUUCGCGAGGGACCAUAAUCAUCCCUUGGUGGAUUCCUUGCCCAGGAGACGUCCGACUUUUGAUGAGAAAGAUAAAAGAAUUCAGGAACUAACAGCAGAACUUCGGGUAAAGAAAAGACUGAGUGCAGCAUAUAAGGAGCAGCUACUUAGCCUUAUGAAAGAUGUAGAAAACCAUAAUGAACAUCUUUCAACAAAAGUGCAAGUUGUUCGUAACAAUUUAAAGGAACUUGAAGCUAGACGACAGGAGCUUGUAAACCACAACUCAAGAACAUAUGGAAAAGGGUAGCAUUAACAGUCCCUGUACAGUUUGUAUGUUGCUGACUUACAGCUGACAGCAUGAGAGCUGCCAAAACCUACAAUUUCUCUGUUCAAGAAGACUAUGAUGUUGCAGGCUGUUGAAAACAAGGUUUACAAAUCAUUUUCAUCAGGUGUAAAAAGACGGAUUAUUUGUAUGCAAGCAGGCAAAUGGAUGCAAAAUCUAGCUGAAGUCUUUAUAUUGUGCUUAAAUUAGAGGCAUUAAAUACUCAGUGUUGCUUCUAUAACUGCAAGGCUCCCUGUUUACUGAUAGGAAUAACUCAUAUAAAGCAAUUUUUUUUUCAAGGGACAAUUGUAGACAGUAAAUGAGUCCCCUAUGUAUUGUUAUGAAUGUAUACUAGCAUUUUUUAA